GAGCUGGGGGAAUCAUUAGCCAUGUCCAGCCGUCGUCUUGAAAGUGUGUCUGCUUCUUUCCUCCUCGACGCUCAAGACUUCUUCCAUGGACUUUGGCCAACACCUGGAAAGAAAUUCCUGAAUCGUCUCAACAAAGGGAAGGAUUGGGGACACCUCAAAACGCUGGCGCUAACCUCACGAUUGCUCCACCCCGGUGUGCCUAAUGUCGAGAUCGAGAAGCUUCUCCGCGCUGCAGGGGCAACGGCUGCACUUAUGCCCAAACUAGAAGUUAUGGAGCUAUGGAACGCUGGGCAAGGGCAUGCUUGCUACUUCCGUUUUGAAAGAGACGAGACACCAACGAUUACUUUGCAGGGCACAUGGGACUUGAAGCCGGCAUUGAUCUAACCCUGUCAUUGUCGCUUGGGAGAAGGUCGCAGAAAUGCUUUCGCAGCGCGAUCUCACCGUCUCAGUGGGACGAGUGGCAGAAGGCGACCACUUCAAAUCUUACAGCGGCGUGCUUCAGCAUCUUAAGCUCCGGAAGCAGAUCCUGGACCCUGUGUCGCUCUAUCAAGUACAGUGGGAGAGGGCACAUGAUUCACUUGGGUAAUCUUCUUACCUUCGUUAUGUACUGCACUUAGGUAGAGAGGGAUCAUCUUACACACAACG